UCCAUAGUUGCCUAUUUCAACAAGCACGCGGGCAAAACGAGAGAAGAAGCCAAGCUUGCCUUCCUAAAGAUUGUAUACAAGUGGCCUACCUUUGGAUCAGCUUUCUUCGAAGUGAAGCAAACAACUGAUCCGAAUUACCCAGAGCUCCUCCUGAUCGCCAUCAAUAAACACGGUGUCAGCCUCAUCGACCGCAAAAGCAAGGAUAUCCUCAUCACUCACCCCUUCACAAAGAUCUCCAACUGGAGCAGCGGCAACACCUACUUCCACAUCACCAUCGGCAACCUGGUGCGGGGAAGCAAGCUGCUUUGCGAGACGUCUCUGGGCUACAAGAUGGACGACCUCCUGACCUCCUAUAUCAGCCAGAUGCUGACGGCGAUGAGCAAACACAGGAGCACAAAAGGCAGCAAGUGAACUGAGAGAAGCCACUGGCCGGCCACUCUGGCUCUACUCUGUCAGCUCGGGGCUGUGGGUCACCCCUGUAGCUGGGGAAAGACGUUUUCCACCCAUGUGUGGAAGAUGAGCCGGACUCCUUCAGAAAGCCUGUCAGACUCGGAUCCUGAAGACUCCGGGCUAACCUCCCCUUCGAGUGAGGAUGACUAUCUCUGAGGACAGCCUUCCAUGGGUACCCCUUGCUGCCACCUUUUCCUCUCUCGCUCUGGAUUUUUAAACCUCGAUACUUCUUUUUACCCUCCUCUCAGACUGAGGAGCUGCAAAACUGCAGUGUUGACAUUUAACCAAAAUGGCGGGAAAUUGCAAAGACCUGUGGGAAACGACUGCCCGCUUCUUGCUCGGAAGAACAGCCGAGGGGAUUGCGGACCCGUCUUUCUGUUAGAAACAAAAAUCCCCCUACACACAAAAAAAAU